AUGGCGGACCCCCUGUGCCGCUGCCUGGAGGCCGUGCGCGCUCCCGCCGCCGCCGCGGGGCCGCGCCUCGUGCGCGCGCUGGGCGCGCUCCGGGUCCGCACGGCACGUGACCGCGGCGGGGGGGAGGCCGCGCGCAUCCGGGAGCUGGGCGGGGUGCGCGCGCUCGUGGGGCUGCUGAGGGAGUGGGGGAGGGCCAGGAGGGCAGCGGAGGCUACACGGGAGCGAGCGGAGGAGAGACGGGAGCGAGCACCGGAGAGACCGGAUACACCGGAGGCUACACGGGAGCGAGCGGAGAGACGGGAGCGAGCGGAGCAUCCGGAUACACGGGAGCGAGCGGAGACACCGGAGACACGGGAGCAACGGGAGCGAGCACCGGAGAGACGGGAGCGAGCGAAGGAGACACGGGAACGAGCACCGGAGACACGGGAGCAACGGGAGCGAGCACCGGAGAGACGGGAGCGAGCGAAGGAGACACGGGAGCGAGCACCGGAGAGACCGGAUACACCGGAGGAGACACGGGAGCAACGGGAGCGAGCAGAGACACGGGAGCGAGCACCGGAGACACGGGAGCGAGCGGAGCAUCCGGAUACACGGGAACGGGAUCAACGGAAUCGGGAGUAUCCGGAUAGACGAGAACUGAAACGGGAGCGAGCAGAGACACGGGAGAGACCGGAUACACCCGAACGGGAGCGAGCGGAGCAACGGGAACGGAGACCGGAGACACGGGAGCAUCCGGAUACACGGGAGCAACGGGAGCGAGCGGAGACACGAGAACGGAGACCGGAGACACGGGAACCGGAGCAACGGGAGAGACAUGAACGGGAGUAUCCGGAUACACGGGAGCAACGGGAGCGACCGGAUACACCGGAACGGAAACGGCAGCGACCGGAUGAACGGGAGCAACGGGAACGGGAGCAACGGGAUGGAGAGUACCCGGAUGGACGGAACCGGAAACGGAAGCGUCCGGAUGAAUGGGACCAUUGGGAUGAACGGGACCGGGAGCACCGGGACCGGAAACGGGAGCACCGGAACCGGAAGCGUUGGGAUGAGCUGGAGCUGACGCUGAGUGUGAUCGGGAACGUGUGUACCGAGAGCGGCUGCAGGGGCCAGGCCAGGGCAGAGGGAGCAGUGACAGAGCUGGUGUCUCUCCUGUCCCUGCCUGGCCCCGAGUGCCUCCUGUCCCGUGUGGUUCGUGCCUUGGCCAACCUGGCCCUGGAGCCUGAGGGCGCCCGUGACAUCCUGGAGGCUGGUGCUGCCCCCCUGCUGGUGUCCCUAUGCCGGCUGUGCCGCUCCCCCUCCUGCCUCCACUCCACCUCCCGCGCCCUGAGGAUCCUUGGCUGUUCCCCCCCCCACCGCCGCCUGCUGACCUCCAUGGGCUCCAUCGCCGUGCUGUCCACCCGCCUCUCCUCCCUCCCCCCCUCCCACCCGGCCACCCCCCAGCUGUGCCGUGCCCUGCGCGCGCUCACCCUCCCCCCGUGCCGGCGCCUGCCGGAGCUGCUGCCGGCGCUGCCGGCGCUGGCGCUGCUGGCGGCGGAGCCCGGAGCCCGGAGCCGGAGCCCAGCGCUCGGUGCCAUAGCCAACGCCUGCUCCUGUGCAUCCCUACGGCCUCCAUUGGGGGCGGCCGGGGCGGUGGAGCCACUGCUGGAGGAGCUCCGGCGCCAUAGGGAUGAUGGAGACAGAGCCAGGGCGGUGGAGCCGCUGUUGGAACAGCUCCGGCGCAAUAGGGAUGAUGGAGACAGAGCCAGGGCGGUGGAGCCGCUGUUGGAACAGCUCCGGCGCCAUAGGGAUGAUGGAGACAGAGCCAGGGCGGUGGAGCCACUGUUGGAACAGCUCCGGCGCAAUAGGGAUGAUGGAGACAGAGCCAGGGCGGUGGAGCCGCUGUUGGAACAGCUCCGGCGCCAUAGGGAUGAUGGAGACAGAGCCAGGGCGGUGGAGCCGCUGUUGGAAGAGCUCCGGCGCAAUAGGGAUGAUGGAGACAGAGCCAGGGCGGUGGAGCCGCUGUUGGAACAGCUCCGGCGCCAUAGGGAUGAUGGAGACAGAGCCAGGGCGGUGGAGCCGCUGUUGGAACAGCUCCGGCGCCAUAGGGAUGAUGGAGACAGAGCCAGGGCGGUGGAGCCGCUGUCGGCACAGCUCCGGCGCCAUAGGGAUGAUGGAGACGGAGCCGCCGCGGUCAGAGCCGUGUGCCUGCUGUGCCGCGAGGCCGUGAACCGCGCGCGGAUCAGGGCAGCCGAUGGGCUGCGGGUGAUGCUGGAGCUGCUCCGGAGCCCCCAUUGGAGGCCAUGGAGGGGACGCAUCCUGCAGGCGCUCAGUGCCUUUGCCUAUGAUGAGGAGGCCAUGGAGGCUAUGGAGGCUAUGGGAGCGGUGCCGGUGCUGGUGGGGAUGCUGGGGAGGGGGGGGGGGGACGAGGAGGAGGAGGAGGAAGAGGAUGAAGAGGAAGAGGAGGAUGAGGAGGCAGCAUCAUGGGAUCAGCCAAGGGAUGUGGUGGAGCAGAAGAGGGCAGCGACUGGCAGCUUCCAAGGGCUGAGGUCCUGGCUCCUCUCCGAGUCCCUCUCCCCCCCCCUGGCCCUGCCGCAGGGGGCGUGGCCUCAGGGGGCGUGGCCCGGCCGGGGUCACGUGGGCCCGGUCAUGCUGCUCCUGUCCCGCCUCGCGCUGAGGGCGGAGCCAAGCCCCGCCCUCCUGGCGCCGCGCGUGCUCAGUGGGCUCCUGCGCGCGCUGGGGGGCGGGGCCGGCGGCCAGGCCCCGCCCCCUCCGCUCUUGCCCCGCCUCCUGCAGCGCCUCCUUGGCCACGCCCCCUUCCUCGGCCCCCUGGUCCGGGGCUUCGUCCCCUCCCUACUGCGCAGGCGCCUGGUGCUCGGCCCGGAGGGGAGGGGCCAGAGGGAGCUCGGUGAGGCUCUGCUCCGCACGGUGGCAGCAGUGGCUGCAGCUCCGUUCGGUGUGGGGCUGCUGACCCACAUGAUGCGCUGCGGGAGCGCCCCCACCCGGCUGGCGUGUGCCACUGCACUGCCCCUGCUGGCCAGCAGGCCCUCGUCCCCAGCCCAUGAUCUCCUAUGGGGGGGGGGGGCUGUGGCCCUGCUGCUGUCGGCUGUGGCCCAAGGCCCCAGCUCAGCCUUCGAGCCCCCCCCUGGGUUCCUGCUCUACGCGGCCGACGCCAUCGCCAUGCUGCGGGAACACGCUAAGGACACGCCAAGGGGUCAUGUGAGCGCGGAGGAACAUGCUAAGGACACGGCAAGGGGUCAUGUGAUCACAGAGGAACAUGCUAAGGACACGCCAAGGGGUCAUGUGAUCGCGGAGGAACACGCUAAGGACACGCCAAGGGGUCACGUGGGUGACGCCAAGGACAUGCCAAGGGGUCACAUGAGCACGGAGGAACACGCUAAGGACAUGCCAAGGGGUCACGUGAGCGCGGAGGGACAUGCCAAGGACAUGGGAAUGAAUCAUAUGGACAUGGAACAUGCUAAGGACACGCUAGGACACGCUAUGGACACGGCAAUGGAUCCUAUGGACACGACAAUGGAGGAUGCUCUGGAGCAAGGCAGCAAGGAUGAGGUCCCCCCCAUGGAUCCAUGGGGCUUCGGGAGCCGCCUGCCCCCCCUCCUGUCCCCUCUGCCCCAUGGCCCCAGUGGGGAGGGGGGAGGCUCUAGGACCCAUCCAUUCCCCACCUCUCCCAUCCCAUCCCCAUUGGAUCCCAAUUCAUCCCCAUUGGGUUCCAGUCCAUUCCCAUUGGAUCCCAGUCGAUCCCCAUUGGGUUCCAGUCCAUUCCCAUUGGAUCCCAGUCGAUCCCCAUUGGGUUCCAGUCCAUCCCCAUUGGGUUCCAAUGCAUCUCCAUUGGGUUCCAAUCCAUUUCCGACCCCAUUCCCAAGCUCCAUCUCAUCUCCAUUGGAUCCCAGUCGAUCUCCAUUAGAUCCCAGUCCAUCUCCAUUGGGUUCCAUUGCAUCCCCAUUGGAUCCCAGUCCAUCCCCAUUGGCUCCCAGUCCAUCCUCGCGCUCUGCCCUCAGCUCCUCCUCCCCCGUGCUGGAGGCCAUGCUUGGAGGACCGUACCUAGAGCGUCACCAGGGGGCGCUGCGCAUGGGCAGAGCGCCGCUCCGUCCCCUCCUCUUGCUGCUCCACUUCCUGCACGGCUGCCGCCCCCGCGCAUGCGCGCUCUGGUCCCUCCCCCUGUCCCCCGGGGUGGGCGGGGCCACGCUGGCGCUGGCGCGCCGCCUGCUGGUGACGCAAGCGCGCCGCCUGGAGGCGUGCGUGGCGCGGCGCGUGCGCGCCCCCGCGGGCGCGCUCUGGGCGCUGGCCGAGCGCUGGGGGUCGGCGGCGGUGGCGCGCCGGGCGGCGCGCGCGCUGCUGGGCGGGGGGGCGGGGCCACGGCAGGGGGCGGGGCAGGGGGCGGGGCCACGGGAGGUGGCGCGCCGGCUGCGCGCGGCGGCGCGCCGGGCGCGCUGGCCACGCCUCCUGGCGCAGGCGCUCACGGUGCAGAAGCCUCGGCCGCCCCCCCCCGGCCUUGGGGAGCUGGAUCGGCUCCUGCGGGACCUGAAUGCGACACAGAACAGCAUCACAGAUGAGCUCCUGGCCCAGAAGCCUCCCAAGGACCCAGGUGCCCCAUUGGCUACUAGCGAGGAUGGAGCAGGGCCUGCACCCCCCCCCAGCACCCCCUCUGCAGCCACCCAGGAGCUGGAUGCGCUCAUGGCCUCCCUGUCCCUGUUCCACCUCCAGCACCAGGCUGUGCUGGCGCUGGGCCGGCGCUGGCACCCGCGUCACUUCCGGUGCGCCGCGUGCGCGCGCCCGCUGGGGGGCGGGGCCUCCUUCUACGAGCGCCAUGGCGCCCCCUACUGCCCGGAGGACUACGGGCGCCUGUGCGGGCGCGCAUGCGCGGCCUGCGGCCGGCCCGUGCUGCGCGUGCGCGGCGGGGGGGUCACGUGGUGGUUCAUGACCCAUGACCUCCGCCCCUACUGCCCGCGUGACUACGGGCUCCUGUUUGGGACCCGCUGCCUUGGCUGCUCCUCCCCCAUCCUGGAGGACUUUGUGGAGGCUCUGGAGGGAAUGUGGCACCCGGAGUGCUUCGUGUGCGCGGUGAGACCAUAG